ACUUGAGACCUGAGAUUGGAGGCGAGAGCAGUAAACUCGAUCCCUCGAUCUAUCUAGUCAAGACUAAAGAAAGCUAGCUGCUUUUGAACACGCUUGAUCCACGCGAUCCAUCCAGCCUUCAGCCGCACUUGAAAAUCAUCUACUCGGGCCUGUCGAUCAAGUCCGUGAACACCAUCAUGUCGAAUCCCUCAAGCGAAGUGUCCAUCGAGGAGCUGGGACCCGAGGACGAGAACCGACCGGCAGACAAGACGCCCGACGCCGAGGAGAUCGUCACCUGGGACGGAGACCAACCGCCGCCAGCCCAUUUGGCCGACGCUGAGCCUUCAUCCGCCUCUCCCGCUGAGGGCCAGAAUGAAGGCCCAGCCGGUGAGAAGGCCAUCCCUGUGGUGGAAGAGGCCGAACCCGCCAUGCCGGAAAUCGUCACACCCGCUGUCCAACGAUCCAUGCUCCGAGGCGAAUUGGACGAGGAUGACGACGACGACGAUGAGGCGGAUUUGGACGACAUCGAGGACGAGACGAUAGUUGAACGGUUGCUGGCCUUGAGCGAAAUGUUUCCCCAGUCUCUGCGUAACGGCACCUACUACACGGCCGUCAACAGCGUUUCCACCGCCCAGUGGUUGUAUUCGGCCUCGCGCUCCCUCUCCUGGAUCGUGUUUAGUUCGGCCGCCAUUAUGUUUAUGCCCAUCAUGAUCGAGACCGAGCGGAUGGGCAUCGAAGAGGCCCAGAAGCAACAACAACGACAGAUUCUCCUUGGGCCCGGCGCGGCCGUGUCCGGAGGCGGAGGCCCUCCGCCCAUUCCUCCACCCAUGAAUGAACCGCCCCCUUGGUCGUUGAUGUUAGACAAGCGCGUUUCUUGUGCCAUGAGGGCGUGUGAGGCUUGGUCCUCGAGGGCUGGUGAGGCUGCCAUGGACAUGGGUCGGAGACGCCCGGAUAUGAGUGAGAUGUCCGGGUCGGCCUCGGAGUUGGGUUGGAAAUCAAUGUGUUCCACGGAUCCCAUGACGGACAUGAGUGUGGACUACGCACGCGGCGAAGGAUUGGCCUCGGAUUCGAGUUCGGAAGACGACGAUUCGAGCGACGACGAUGAGCCGGGCCCGCCCUCGGGCUCCCAUGGUUCCGACCCGUCGCCUCAGGCCGAGGAAGUCUUUGACAAGUGGGGCGAGUUGGACCACGACGCGCCCAGAACCGAGUCCAUCAGCGCCCGAUUGGCCGUGUGCAACAUGGAUUGGGACCGGGUCGGAGCCGAGGACCUCUUCUUGGCUAUGGCCUCAUUUUGCCCGUCCUCCGGUCGCGUGCGAUCGGUGCGGAUUUACUUGUCUGAUUUUGGCCGUCAACGCUUGGCCGAUGAAGAGCGAUUGGGACCCGAGGAGUUGCGAAGUGCGCCCACGAGCACCGCCCGCGAGUCGGAUCAAAGCAAUCCCCGGGACAACGGCCAAGAGGAAGAUGACGUGCCCAGUGAUGUGGAUUUGGAUGACCCGUUCUUUCGGAGUGAGUUGGCUGAAGGUAACGCCAGUGAUUCUGAGACUGAAAUCCCCAUGCCCAAGAAGAAGAGUAAAAAAGCCUUGAAGAAAGAUAAAAAGGCCAAGGCGGUCAAGGCGAACGAGGAGAAUGGUGCAGAUGGGGAAACUCGGGCCGAUCUUGGCUUAUUAGUCAUGGACUCGGAUGAUGAGAAAGGACACUUUGAUUACAAGGAUAUUGUAGAACGGGAAAAGGGCAAAAAGGCCAAGAAAGGUCGGAAGCGCAAGAAUCCCGAGGAGAAACAGCCCGUUGCCGAGGACGUGUUUGAAAUGGACUUGCAAGAUGAUCGUUUUGCUGCCGUGUUCCACAACGCGGAUUUCAAUGUGGAUCCGAGUCACCCAAGCUUCAAGAAGACUAAGUCUAUGCAGCAAGUGAUCAACGAGAAGCAAAGACGCAUCCUCCAGUCCGAUAGUCUUGUAGCGAAAUCCCCAAAACUCAGUUUCCAAAACUCACACCCCAUUUCCUACAUCCACGACCACCAAGUCCAGACAGAACGAACAUCUGGAUGUGUUAGUGAAGGCCAUCAAGGCCAAAACGCGCGGAGCGAAAACCACAAGCAAAAAGGGCAACAAGAAAAGAAAAGCUUCUUAAGCGUAAGAUCUAAAAUAAAUGAACCCUGUUUCGAUGUAAUCCAAAAGGCUGGAUUUUGCGUCGCUUUAUUUAGACUGGUAAAGUAGGAAAACCAGGGCCAGAGUGUCUGGACUCUAUCACAGAUAGGUGAUGGCUUUGGUCUUCUUCUUGUAAUAGGACUCGGGCAACACGUUCUUCAAUUGGGACAAAUACUUGGUGAACUUGAUGUACUUCCCCUCAUGCAAGUCCUUGUUCUGAAUAAACCCCUGUCCUUUCCACAUGAAGGCCAUGUGGGCAUCACGCACGUCCAAAUAAAACUCCAAGAUCAGAUUCCGUUUCACCAAGGACAUGCACGCCACCACAAAAGCAAGCAGUCCUCUGUGUGCGUGUACUGGUAACGCCCACAAUCCAUGAGCAAACCCCACAUUUGAGUCAC